AUGAGAUGCUCUCUAUUGGAGGUGUUCUGCUCUUCGCUUUUUCACCGAGCAACUGCAGCACAAGUAAAGAUGAAAACGGCACAAUUAUUAGUAUUUGCGCAUUUUCUUUCAGUUGCACUAUGUGUGAAUCAGAGAUUUCCGGUGGGAACUUUAAUCGGUUAUGGUUGUACUGCUGCCAUUCAGGCAACCUACUGUCCGACGUCAAGGCGAACGCCUCCUUGUACGUGCAGGAGCGUAGACUAUCUGGGAUCCUAUAUUUAUUGUGGCUUUCAAGAGGCACAUACAGAUGCAGAUAAACAGGGAUUUGAGCGCUAUUUGAUGUCAACAUGCCCGAAUUUGACACAUGAUAGAAUCGAGCACUUAUAUAAUAACGUUAGUGACUAUUUGGUUGAUACGUCUAAAAUAAGACAUUUCAAUAGAUCGGCCAUUAUUCACUUUCCUGUUUAUUAUAAUCAGACCCGAUUUGUUAAUGGAUACGAGUCCUACAGAUAUUACAGGAACAACUUCUUUUAUAGUUUGGCGUGGGGAUCGGGUAUAUUCGCUUAUUGGGCGUUAAUAUUGGUGAUUGGUGGUAUCGAGAAUUGGUUUACCAGACUAUUCCCCACGACAUCGAUUAGAAUGAAACGCUCCAUCGGUCAAUCAGUUCCAAUGCGUUGGUGGAGAAAGAAUGUUUCUUUGCCAGCUUUAUUUAAUGGGAAGCAUGCUGCUAGAACAUUCUUUGGUGGUAUUAUUCCAACCAGAUUUGAGUCAAUUGUUCUUUUCUUAUUCUUCUGUUUACUUGUCAUCGCUGAGGCCGUUAUGAUUCAUGUUUAUCCUUAUGGUACAAUUUGGCAACUACAAAAGUCUCAACUAACUAGAUUCAUUGGUGAUAGAACAGGAAUUGUUUCUUGUUUCCUAAUGGUGCUAGCAUAUUUAUUUGCAGGGCGGAAUAAUAUAUUUCUAUGGAUUACCGGUUGGAAACAAUCAACUUUUUUGACGUUUCAUAAGUGGCUUGCACGUAUGACAAUUGCUUUGGUGCUUACACAUACCAUUGUAUUCGUUAUAAAUUCUUUAUGGAUCGGUAACUACGCUACCAGAAUCUAUACUAAUUGGUGGAGAACAGGAUCAUUGGCAAUGGUUGCCGGUGGAAUCAUGGCCAUUCAGUCACUCUCAUGGUUAAGAGUUUACUCUUAUGAAUUGUUUUUAUAUUUUCAUAUUUUUUUGGCCGUAGUUUUCUUGGGUGCUUCAUGGAAGCACCUCGAGCGUUUUGAUUAUGGACAUUGGGCAUAUGCUUCAGCAGCAAUUUGGGUCUUUGACAGAGUUUUAAGACUUGGAAGGAUUGCUUUAUUUGGAUUGAAAACUGCUAAAAUUACCGUUAUCUCCAACGAAAUAUUAGAAUUGAAAAUGCCUAGAGGAUUCAAAAUUAAAAAACCAACACCAGGAUCAUUUGGAUAUGUUUACUUCGUUCAUAACUGGCUAUGGUUCCAGUCGCAUCCCUUCACUAUUAUUAAAGACGACGAAGGUAAUAUAAAAUUCUUGAUCAAGAUAAAGAAUGGUGUUACUAAGAAGAUGCACGACCACUUGAUGAAUGAACCACAACACACUUCUCAAGUUAAAGUUGCCAUUGAAGGAUUCUAUGGCGAAUACAAGCAGGCGUACUCCUAUGAUGAGGCUAUUAUGGUUACAAGUAGUAAUGGUAUUCCGGGAAUUUACGAGUAUAUUUCUGAUAUUGAUCAGCGUAAGAAGUCGGGCCAAAGUAAGACCAAACUGAUCAAACUCUAUUGGACUAUCAGACAUUGGCACAGUAUUGACUGGUUCCAUGAAGAGCUGAAAAAAUUGCAAAAGUAUGAAUAUGUUCAAACCACUGUUUAUGUCACGAAAUACCAUGAAAUGCAAAUUGGUAAAAGAUUCGAUGAUAGCUACGAUUCAAUGCAAGCAUCUGAAAACACAUCAAUCAGAAACGAGUCUGAGAAAGAGGCCGAAAAGGAAUGUGUGAAAGAGACUGGGGAGAUUUCCUCGGAGACAUCCAUAAAAGCUAUUUCUCAAAUUCUAAAGGAAUUUCCACAUGUUGACUUCAAGGCCUCAAGACCAGACAUUGCAAAACAGAUCCAUGAUGAUAUUCAGGAAGCAAGUUCAUCUGAUAACAUAGCAGUAUUAGCAUGUGCUCAUAAUGAGAUGUGUGAUGAAAUUAGAAGAACCGUGGCACACGAGUCGGGUGAGCCAAGAGCGGGCAGAAUUGAUUUGUUUGAGUUAUUGCAGUCCUGGUAA